AUGUCGCCCCAAAAGCUGCAGACGCUUGUACUGCAAAUUCAAGACCCGGGCCCAAACCCACAAAAGGUGGGAAUAAUACUCGAAGAGUUAAGCCUGCCAUUCUCGGUCUCUGUGAUCAAGAAUGAAGGAUCACAACAGAAAGACACCCAGGGAAGUACCUCAAACGGAGGAGCACCUCCAGUCCAGGAUAAGAAUACAGGCAUGAUAAUCCUCAACGACCCCAACAACGACGUAACGCUAUGGGAAUCGCUCGCAAUCGUCGAAUACCUCGUGCACACAUAUGACAAAGAGCAAGAAGCGAACUUGCAAUACGCUCCUCACACGCCGGAUUGGUGGAUGUGCCAACAAUGGCUGGCGUACCAAAUGGGCGCUCAGAGCCCAUUCUUCUCGCUCAAAGCUUGGUUUUCGAAUCAGCAUGAGGAGCAAGUACCCAGCGUUAUGGACAGAUUCGCAGAUGAUGUGGUGAGAAUUGCAAGUAUUCUGGAGCAUUACUUGGAAAAGAGUCGAGGAGACUACUUGGUGGGCGAGAAAUGCACCUUUGCGGACCUCGUUUUUGUGCCAUGGAACAAUAAGAUCGAGGAAGUCAUGGGUAAGGAAGAAGCUUCAAGAAUAUUGGAAAAGUAUCCCCGCUAUCGUGAAUGGCACAAGAGACUGAUGGAACGACCGGCGGUGCAACGWAUCAUGCAAAACAAUGAAAUUAGUACCCAGUAA